AUGUCAUGGGUUCUAGCCACAUCAUAUAUUGUCGGAAUGUUGAUGGUGAUGAGUACCUUUUCAUACUUCUGGCGAAGGCGAAAAAAUGCGGGAUCUCACCACGAGCCAUGGUUCACUGAACACAAGGAAAGAGAUAUCUAUAUUACCCUAUUACAACAAGAUCCACCAGUUGAUGAGAUCUUACUCAAAAGUGCGUUAUUACGUCGCGCCGUAACGGACAUACAGCGAAUAUCGAAACUGCGCGACGACAAACAAGCACUCGCCAACCUAGUACAAAAAGGAGCAGUUGGCGAUGAUCUAUGGACAGCUUUCUUAGAAGCAGAAAACGAACUUGGACAAGAGAUCAAUGCUGUAAUUUUAGAGGCGAACACCUUCACCGAUGAGUGGGGUCGAUACAUAUUUACGAACGCUGGUGAAAUGGUACGACAUCAAAAACUUAAAGAUAUAAAAAACGAUAUGAAAGAGUUAAAAGAGCGGGAAGAGAAAGCUGCAAAACGGAGAGAAGAGCGCGAAAAAAUAGAGACGGAGGAAAAUGAGCGAAAAGAGAAAGCUAGACUAGAAAAAGAAAGGAAAAAGGCACAGGAGGAAUUAUUAAAAGAUGAAGAAGCUCAGAAAAAGAAAAAAGCCGUUAGAAAAAGAUAG